AUGGCAAACGAUGGAGAUGAAACCUUCCUCAUCAGAGAGGCAAAUUCAUGCCUGGAUGCUACCGACAAGCAGCAUGGUGAAACAAGCAAGCACUCAACUAGCACCAUAGACCAAGCAAGCAAAUUGUCAAGUGGUGACAAAACGUCAAGUGGACUGCCUGCCCUGGCGAGUGUGCAGUGGUCCAAAGACAAUAAUCUACCCGUAUUCUCAACAGUUGUGCAGCCUCUACUUAAUGGUCUGGCUAUAACUGAGGAUGAACAUCGGCACCAAUCGAAGCAGCUCCGGCACGAGAUCAUUCAUUUCCUUGAUCGUAUCGCCCGCUUCACCAUGGGAGUACAUGGCGCUGCUUCUCGGACUAUCCGCAAGAUGUGCGUGGUGGCGCAAGGGUGAAUGAAUGAAACGCUCAUGAUAUCCUUCCAUCUCUAUCCGACCGUUUCAAAGGUAAAAGUGUGGUAAACCUAGGGCGAAAACUGUGAAAUCAUUGUUUGUGGACAGCUUUACGUACCCUUCUAUGAAUUAAAAGGAUUAAAAGGUUUAUUGAAGUUAACGCGACAGAAUACUUACAGGAACCGAUCAUUAGUGAGUCUUACAUAUUUUCAUUGUGAACUAAUAUGAUACCGGACGCCACCGACCCUUUCUUAUAAUCACUUUUAUCUACACGCGUCAAUCCGAUGCGUUAUUAAUGAACAGGUAGAUAAGGUAAAAUGUUAUAUAACAAUUGUUUUCAUUGCACACGCUCACCGAUAACAGUAGAAAAUGCCUCAAUAAAUAUUUUUUAUUGCUCAAAUAGCCGCGUAUCCGCCUCUCUUCGCUAUUCCAAAACAGUCUUUACGAGCUGAAUUGGGGGAACUGAAACAGUCAAUAAGUCGCCAAGCUAUUCAGAACAGUUGGAGCUCUGGCGGAAGAAAUAGUCGGAAGACGCGGCCAACCCGUCAUCUAGCCCCUUCAGAAGCGAAACUUUAGAGAAGCUUAAGGCACCUAAAGCCUUAAACUUACAGUAAAACACUGCCGCCUCGCGGUAUGCAAGGUAGUCCGCUGACUCACAUGUUGCUAGAAUCUCGCUAGAGGCCGCUGCAGUACCUCUUGUAUCUAGAUGAAUUGAGGAGAUACACACGAGUUACAGGACGGGCAUACCGAAUGACGCGUAAUGUGCACAUUCUACUCGUGGGUCUAAAACCAUGAAAAAUACAGAGAAUGUUGCCGCUCAUUCGUUGGGAAGACACUGAGCUUAGGAUGCCUAACUUAGUGGAGACCUAAGCCGAAAAUCGCGAAAAAUUCGCCGUGUCGCCAUUCAUAAUUUUAAGUCGCCACGAGCCUCUCAAAUUCGCCAAUUUGGCGAAAAGUA